AUGGCCAACGUCGCGUUCCACGGAAAAUUGUCAUCCACGCGCGAAUUUCAAGUGGAGAGGGUGUCGUCGUUGUCGUCGCUUCCUCAGAGGCUCCCUAGUACCGUGAAGGCGGCGGCAAGUAGAAAGGAUCAUGCCGCAGAAUCAGCAGGUGCAGCGGGAGAUGCACGCAUCAAUGUGCAGGAGGCAGAGGACUACUACCGCUCCGUCCCCCGCAACGCGCUUUCAAAGGAGGAGAUGCGGCGGCGCAUCGCCUCUGUCAGCGCAGAUAAGGCUGACCGCGUCACCUCCGCGCUGCAGGCCUCGGAGGCUGACUACCUGAAGAUGGAGGAGGAUAUGAAGGAGAGCGACCUUUUUCACUACCGCAUGGGCGAAAUUGCGUAUCCGGCGGCCGGCACCCAGCGGAGCUACUAUGCCAUGUGGCAACUAGCAAUGCCCCUCAACAAUGCGCGCUGGACGAUGUUAGACGUCCUCUCGCAGCACAGCGUCAAGACUACCGGGGCGGGCAUGAAGCUUCUCUUCUGGAAGGAGUCGGUGAACCAAAUCAUGGGGCGGCGACAAAUAGCGGUGGGGCAGUUCACCGACUCCCACCCCGUCCUGCGCCCCUUUGCGGCGGUGGUGGAGCAAAGCCCUCAGAUAACGCGUGCGUUUGUGCGCGGCUUCACCGACGCUCAGCUGCGGGUGCUGCAGCAGCCAGGCAACGUCAAGCAGCUCUUCGACCACUUCGACCGUUACUACGGCUACUUUGUCAAUGCGUUGCUGGAGGUAACCCACGUGAAGGACGAGGGCGCGGCCGAUGUGCUGCAGCACAUGCUCCGCGCCAUCGGCCUCACCCAGCACUGCGUGAUGUUCUGGAAGAAGUAUGCCAACAUCGGUUUAAUGAUGCUGCCGACGGACCUUUGCGCCGACAACCACGUGAACAUUGCGCUGCUUAAGAACAUUUUGCUCGCCGCGCGGGACCGGGCCGUGUGGCGGCUACUAUACGACGUGAUGUGCAUCGCCAAGACUGAGAUGCUGCACACGCAACAUCUGGCCCCAGUGUGCACCCCCACCGCCUGA